GGCCCCUUUCUGUGUCGGCGCCUCGCAGAGGGAGCAUCGCGCGCCGAGCCGCCCGCCGCCCAGCCCUCCCGGCCCCGCACCGCCGCCAUGGCCAAGUCGGAGUCUCCAAAGGAGCCGGAGCAGCUCCGCAAGCUCUUCAUCGGCGGCCUCAGCUUCGAAACCACAGACGAGAGCCUCCGCAGCCACUUUGAGCAAUGGGGCACCCUGACCGACUGCGUGGUGAUGAGGGACCCAAACACCAAACGCUCCCGCGGCUUCGGCUUCGUCACGUAUUCAUCGGUGGAAGAAGUCGAUGCUGCCAUGAACGCACGGCCACACAAAGUGGACGGCAGAGUCGUCGAACCAAAGAGAGCCGUGUCCAGAGAGGACUCGCAGCGGCCCGGAGCUCACCUCACAGUCAAGAAGAUCUUUGUGGGCGGCAUAAAGGAAGAUACAGAAGAGCAUCACUUGAGAGACUAUUUUGGCCAAUAUGGCAAAAUCGAAGUCAUUGAGAUCAUGACAGACCGCGGCAGCGGCAAGAAGAGGGGCUUCGCCUUCGUCACCUUUGACGACCACGACUCUGUGGACAAGAUAGUCAUUCAGAAAUACCACACUGUGAACGGCCACAACUGCGAGGUGAGGAAAGCCCUCUCGAAGCAGGAGAUGGCCAGCGCCUCGGCCAGCCAGAGAGGCCGCAGCGGUUCCGGGAACUUCGGCGGCGGCCGCGGGGGCGGAUUUGGUGGCAACGACAACUUCAGCCGCGGCGGCAACUUCGGCGGCCGUGGUGGGUUUGGUGGCAGCCGCGGUGGCGGUUAUGGCGGCGGCGGAGACGGCUAUAAUGGAUUUGGCAAUGACGGUUACGGCGGCAGCGGCCCCGGUUAUUCCGGUGGCAACCGGGGCUACGGCGGCAGCAGCACCUACGACGGCUAUAACAACGGAGGGGGGGGAUUCGGGGGCGGCAGCGGAGGCCGCCGUCCCGCCCGGGGACCCGCGCUGGCUGUGCGGAACGGCCUGUCUGAAGCUGGCACAGGCAGUAACUUCGGCGGCGGCGGCGGCGGUAACUACAACGACUUUGGCAGUUACAACAACCAGUCGUCCAACUUCGGUCCCAUGAAAGGGGGGAACUUCGGGGGCCGGAGCUCGGGGCCGUACGGCGGCGGUGAGUCACCCCGCGGGCUCCGUGCUCCCCGGGGCGGGUGCACCCCGACGCCGCUCUCCUUGGAGCAUUUCCGACCACCCAGGCGGUUACGGCAGCUCGAGCGGCGGCGGCAGCUACGGCGGAGGGAGGAGGUUCUGACGCCCGCAGGAAACAAAGCUUAGCAGGAGAGGAGAGCCAGAGAGAAGGGACAGGGCAAAGCUGCAGGUUACCCGAGCUGUGAACUCAGCCAGCUGACAGCUGUGGCGGGGGGGGUGGCUGCGACGUCAAGACGUGCAUUAGCCAGAAGUCUCCUUUGCGAACAGGACUGUAAUUGUGACUCAUUGUAUAACAGGUUCUUUUAGUUUUCUGUGCCGUGGAAGCAUUCCUUCAAACGAGGGCUCCCGGGAGCCUCGGUUUUAUUUGCGCGCCCGUGCUGUCGAUCGAUCGCUGACUGUAACAGGAAAUGACGCUGAAUAAAUGUGUCCUUUGGUUUUUUUUUUAA